AACGAGGUUAUGUAUAUGUUGAUUGUUUUUCUAUUAUAAACUGUUUAGAAGAAGCUGUUAGAAAAAUAAGUAUAUAUUCGUAUUUAAUUUUGAUAAUUAAUAUUAAUUGGUAUUAAUUUUAAGUUAUUAGUUUCAUGAAUUGCUUUACAGUGUAGAACAUGCUGAAACAUAUUAUGAAAUAUGCUAUUCCUCCACGCUUAUAUUCUACAACAGUUGAUAAACAAGAAAUGGAACAUUUCAAAAAAUACGUUAACAUGUGGUGGAAUGAAUUCGGUGCUAUGAAACCUCUGCAUGCUAUGAACAAAAUCAGAGUACCAUGGAUUAGAGAAUCUCUCCUGAUUAGCAAAGAAAUUAAGAAUCCUGCAUUACCUCUAGCAGGAUGCACUAUUUUGGAUGUUGGUUGUGGAGGUGGAAUUUUAUCUGAACCAUUAGCGAAAAUCGGUGCAGAGGUAACCGGAUUAGACGCCAAUGUAGACCUCAUCAAUUCGGCUAAAUCUCACGCUCAGCUCUUUAAUACAAAAGUAAAUUACAUUGUAUCAACUAUUGAGCAACAUGCUGAAGAAGCUUGCGAAAAAUAUGACGCAGUCGUGGCUUCAGAAGUCAUUGAACACAUUACAAAUAAAUCUUCAUUUAUUGAAGCAUGUUUGAAAUGUUUAAAACCAAACGGAAAAAUUUUCAUAACAACCCCUAGUAAAACAUGGCAAUCGAAUGUAUUUGGGAUAAUUGUAGCUGAAGACAUUUUAGGAGUAAUGCCACAAGGUACCCAUCAGUAUGAAAAAUUUAUAUCUCCUACCGCCUUGCAGAGAUUAUUGGAAGAUAAUAAUUGUAGAACUGAAAUGAUUCAUGGUUUAUUGUACAAUCCUGUGGGAAACUGUUGGCACUGGUGUUCAGAUACGACAUUUUUAUUUGCCCUAAAUGCUGUUAAAUUAUCAAAGAAUUAAUGUUUGUUAAUUUGAUUCCAUAUUUAUGAUUAGAUUUGUAUAUUAAAUUAUUUGUUUUAAAUUUAAACUACAUCAGUAUAAAUAAAUUUGAAUACCAAAGAAA